AUGGAUGCAGAAAAAGGAGUCUUGAGAGAUGUCAGAUCUGCGCUGAUCAGUAUUUUCAUGACCCACUUGUCUAACUACGGAAACGACCGGCUGGGAUUAUACACAUUUGUGAACCUAGCCAAUUUCGUGCAGACCUGGACCAACCUGCGCCUUCAGACCCUGCCUCCGGCUCAGCUGGCUCACAAAUAUUUUGAGCUCUUUCCUGAUCAGAAAGACCCUCUCUGGCAGAACCCCUGUGAUGACAAACGCCACAGAGACAUUUGGUCUAAAGAAAAAACCUGCGAUCGCUUACCAAAAUUCUUGGUAAUAGGACCCCAGAAAACUGGUACCACUGCCUUGUGUCUGUUCCUGAUUAUGCAUCCUUCCAUCCUUAGUAACUCCCCCAGCCCAAAAUCCUUUGAGGAGGUACAGUUCUUUAAUAGAAAUAACUACCACAGGGGGAUUGAUUGGUACAUGGAUUUCUUCCCAGUCCCAUCUAAUGUCACCACUGACUUUCUGUUUGAGAAGAGUGCUAAUUACUUCCAUUCAGAGGAAGCUCCUAAGAGAGCUGCUUCUCUAGUCCCGAAAGCCAAGAUCAUCACCAUACUCAUUGACCCGUCAGACCGAGCGUACUCCUGGUACCAGCAUCAGCGAUCCCACGAAGACCCCGCAGCUCUGAAAUUUAGCUUCUAUGAAGUGAUCUCUGCUGGGCCCAAUGCACCCUGGGAACUCCGAACCCUGCAGAAGAGAUGCCUGGUCCCUGGAUGGUACGCCAGCCACAUCGAGAGAUGGCUUGUUUAUUUCCCUCCAUUUCAGCUGCUAAUCAUCGAUGGGCAGCAGCUAAGAACUGCCCCUGCGACGGUGAUGGAUGAAGUCCAGAAGUUUCUAGGAGUCUCGCCUCAUUAUAAUUACUCCGAAGCUUUAACGUUUGAUUCUCAUAAAGGUUUCUGGUGUCAGCUGCUGGAGGAAGGGAAAACAAAAUGUCUUGGGAAGAGUAAAGGAAGAAAAUACCCUCCAAUGGACUCUGAUAGCAGAGCGUUUCUGUCCAGCUACUACCGAGACCACAACGUGGAGCUCUCGAAGCUGCUGCACAGACUCGGGCAGCCUCUGCCCUCGUGGCUGAGACAGGAGCUGCAGAAAGUGAGAUAGCGUGGAGAAAACAACAGGAAAUCUGUCCGUCCACAUACUGGCACAGACCUCACCCAGAGCUCACGGAUGCUACCAAAAAGCUCUCAGACACAUACCUCUGCACCACGGAAAACAAGCAAGGCUCUCCUACGUGCCGGCACAAGGAUGACUGUGGAGGGUCCGGGCAUAAAAAAUAUCUUUAAGAAGCUCCCAGGCCUAUGGCCUUCCUCUUAGAUCUGAUUCUUGUGAAACAGCAACCAACAUAAAUUUUAAAACAAAACAAAAAACCAGAAACACUGACACAGACCUGUACCAUUUCAUAGUAAUAUUUACAAUUUUGUAUGUCAGCUGCAGUUGUAUUUCUGUAGAUUCCUGGACCACUGUUCGACUGUAAAAUGUUUUUUUACUUGAUUCUGUGAAGUAUCCUAUCACAUCACAAUGUAGAAUUCCAAGUGUGGAAAAAAUGCUGUCAGCAAAGGCCAUGAUUGUGGGAGAGCAGGGACGGGGAGCCGCCUGUGGGCUUUGUCCUCCAAACAGAAACAAAGGAGGUGGUUCUCCUUGUACAUAGCCCAGUGACCUCAUGCUGAUGUAGUUCUGUAUUCUGAACUUGCUAGACAGUAAACAGAAACACAUUUACAUCAAAAUAGCAUAUGUUAAUGGAAGAGUAUUGACUAAAUUCUCUGAGAGAUAUGGUGAGCAGAUUGAUACACCAAGGAGAACUCUUUGCUUUCUGCUGUAAGCUACCGGUCUAUUCUGGCCACGUCCAGUUGUACCG